AUGGCUGUCUUAAACUCCAACCCUGAAAUCCUCUUACGUAAGAGAAAGAAUGCUGAUAGAAAAAGAUUAGAAAAACAAGAACAAUCUCGUGAAAAGUUAUUGAAACAAAAAAGAAUAAGAAAGAAGCAACAACUUAAUAAAUUUCUUAGAGCAGAAACUUUAGUAUCAAAUCAUAAAUCAAAUGAAUUAGAAAGAAAGAGAAUCAAGAAUUUAACUAAAAAACAACAAAGAUUGGCAGACUUACCCCAAACCGAAGAAGAACAAGAACAAGAACAAGAUUACAAGUUAUUAUUUCUUAUUCGUGUACCAAAUCAUACAAAAGGAUUAAAAAUUCCAAAUAAAGCAAAUAAAUUAUUACAAGUUUUAAAAUUAACUACCGUAAAUACUGGUGUUUUUGUUAGAGCAAAUGACUCAACUAUGGACUUAUUAACUUUGAUUGCCCCAUAUGUAAUUGUUGGAAAACCAUCAUUAAGUUCGAUUAGAAAAUUGUUCCAAAAAAGAGCAUGUAUUUUAACUCAAGAUGAAGAACAACCCGAACAAUCUAAAGUCACCAAGCUUGAUAAUAAUCAAUUAGUUGAAGAUAAAUUUGGAUCUGAUUUAGGUUUGAUUUGUAUUGAAGAUUUGAUUCAUGAAAUUAUGACCCUUUCUGAAAACUUUGUUGCAAUCACUAGUUGGUUAUUACCUUUCAAAUUAAACCCACCAGUAAAUGGUUGGGGUCCACAAGCUAAAUUGGCUAAAUUAAUCCAUUCUAAUGAAAACAAACAAUCUGUGAGUCUUUCUCAAGAUUUUAAGUUACAAGAAGUUGAAGAUAUUGACGCGAUUAUAGAUCAACAGAAUUAG